GCCUUAUCGCGAGACCAGCAGCUCCACAGGGUCUGCGCUGUGCUGUCAUUGCUGGCAUCAAAAUCCGAGGACUGGACUGUGGAGAAAGCUUCCCCCAGCCCAGCCCAGCCUCCAACUGUCCAACAAGCUCCUGCCCAAUCCCGCCCGAGUUUUUCGGCCCUUGUUUGUCGCAGCUGCAGGUAGGACUGGAGGCUGCCGGAAUUUCAAGGCCUGCAGCCGUCCACGCCGUCAUCCACUCACGGUCCGCCCAACCAACCGCCUGUGACCUGAAAACCCGAUCGCCUUCAGUAUUAUGGAUCCUAGGCACUCGGCUUCGUUGUCACAUCCAAAUUCUAGCAACGCAGCCUCCUCGCGAACCCCCUUUCCACCAGAACCUGCAGCUUCUGCGCCGCCAUUUCAUCAGCCUUAUGCCCGAAGAAGCCCGGCGCUAGAUUCACAGGCGUCCGCCCGUCCGCGACGACUGUCUGACGCACCUCAACAACCACCGCCGACCGCAACGCGAUCGUAUUCUCUCGACCAGGCGACGAAUCAUCCACGCGCCGCGUCUCUGACAGCCAGCAGAGACCGCGACCUUGGUCGCAACAUGGCGCAGCCAAACUCACCGCCCCAGCAGGGCGCGCACAAUCCACAUCACCCUCAUCAACAACCGCCGCACGCCAUGCCGGGUUAUGGUUCGGGUCCGCCUGCACCUCGGGCGCCGUCCCUAACAGUCGGGCCUCAGUCGUCCUUCGGAGGCGGACGUGAGCUCCCUGCACUAAGCUCACUCACUGGAAGGCAUGGACUUCCUGGAGGUUCCAUGUCUAUCUCUUCCCUGUUGGGUGGUUCGCAUCUUCAGCAGGGGCAGUAUUCUCAUUCGACAGCACCACCUCCUGGGUCAGCCUCGAGCUUCGCACCGCCGGCGCACGGGUCGCCGCAGAUGCAGUCCGCGUCGACAGACUUCCCAUCAUUUCGACGCCCCCAAACGCCCGAUCACCAACGACCAUAUGACCCUCGGGGUAGCGCUGCGCCGUCUCCACGUGGGCCAUCGUACGCAACGCCCGACGUCCCCCGAUAUAAUACACCGCAAGCGACAUACCAUGCACGGCACAUGUCGGCUUCUGCCGACUCAUCGCGCGACCCUGCAAGGAUGGCAGGAGCUAUCGCUGGGCCGCCCCCGCGACCGAACAGUCAGCCCAAGUACCCAGGGAUGCCUCCGCGGCCAGAAGAUCGAUAUGGCCGACGAGAGGAGGUGGGCAGGCCCUACCCAGGUCCUGAGUACAAUCCGGAGCGGGUAGGAUUACGACCGGGCUACCCACACGACGAGCGGUUUCGAGCCGAGCGCGAGCGGCAGUACGAGAUGGAGCAACGGCAGCAGGAGCGUCGAGAGGUGGAGAGGCGAGAGCGUGCUUAUUCGGGCAGUGAUUCGGGACGACAUCCACUCCAUCAACAUGAUGCAUCAAGGGGCCAACCUCAGUAUCGCGAUCCCCGGGAGGCUGCCAGAUGGGGUCCCAGGCAAGGUGACCCAAAUUUCAGGGCUCCCAUGGAGCAUCAGCGAGCGCCCGACUACCCGCCGAACACCUCGGCGCCGUUUCCAGGGCAAGGGAGCCACAUUACGUCCCCCCCCGAUCGCUUUCCACCAAACCAUAUGCCUCACCAGCAGCACCAACAGCAACAGCACCAGCCCCAGCCUCAGCCCCAGCCUCAGGGCCACCAACCGCCUGGUGGACAACAACCCUAUGAAUCCUCACCCGAGCGCGCCCGGAUGGGCCUACUACCGCAGCACCAGCAGGCGCAGCCGCCUUUGCACGCGCACGCGCACGCGCACGCUGGUCCGCGCGGUAGACCGGGGGAUGAAGCACCGCCCCAAGCACCACCGCCCGGCGCCUACCAUGUGCAAGGAGACGGCCUGUACGACGGCGCGCGGCACCGGAACAGCGAGGACGCAACGGCUGGCAUGGGGCAUCAGCGCAAUCUGUUGGCUAUUCAGCAGGAGAACCGCAAGGGCCGCCUAUCGCCUCUGCCCCAAGCUGUCCAGGGCGCACAACCACAGCAACCAAGUCCAGCUGGCGAGCCCGGUAUCAAGAAUGAGUUCGGACGCAUGUUCUCUGGAAUUGGCAGCGGUGUGAGCGGGCUCGGUGGUUCCAGCCCCAUAACUGGAUCCUCGGGGCCGUUCACGAAUGCUUCGCUUGCUAAGCGCGAAGACCUGGACGCUGAGGCUGGUACAGAGGCUGGCAAAGGCAAAGGCAGGAGGAGGAAGCUCAAGGAUGACGAGAGUCGCGAUGAUGACAGUUCAGGGCGACUGACUCCCGGCCACAAAGCCAAGAAGGCCAAGGGUCAUCCUCAUCAUCACCACCAUCACCAUCACCACCAUCACCACCGGGCGCAAGAGGAGGCCGCACAGCGAGCGAAUGCGCCCCUCAAGAAUGCCAAAGGUGGCACGCCGGCCGACCCUGCGACCGAGCGAAACGGGCUCCCUCACCACCAUCAUCAUCACCACCACCACCAUCACCACGCCCAGCGUAACGGGAACAAACAGGCGGCUCAACCGACGAUGCCCCCCAUCCCGCCCAAGGUUCAGAAGAAGGUGUCCUCAAAGGAGGUCCUGGAGGCGGCCGCCAAGUUUCCUCGACAGCACAUUGGGGACUUUAUCUACAGCUCUGAGUUGAAGCCACAGCGACUGGUGCCGCAACCGCAGAAUUACAGGGGUUUCGCUUCAAGACCCGCUCCGCUUCCGUGGAGCUUGAUCCAGGAUAAGGUCAAUAGUAUUUUGACGGUCAAGGUACCGAGGGUAUUCCUGUCCCGAGAAUCCCGCGAGGAGAUCACGGCCAGAGGCUACCUAUGGGGAACAAAUGUGUACACGGACGACUCGGACGUGAUUGCGGCUUGCAUUCACGGUGGCUGGAUCAUGGGGGAGUGGAAUGAGGAGGUCGACAUGGCGCUGAUCGAUCCCGAGGGCGACAAGAGAAAGCGACGCGACUUUACGCGGGAUGAGCUUAUGUCGGAGCAGCUCGUCAGCGCACCACCUGAGGCCGGACCCAUGCCGAUUCCUGCCGGGCGCGACCUCCACGUUAACGUUCUCAUACUGCCGAGGCUUACCAAGUAUACUGCUACGACGCAAUGGGGCAUCCGCAGCCGCGAGUUUGGCGGCGAGCAUGGUUCGCGACACAUCACCCACGACGGACUGAGCUUCAUGGUUCAUGGAAUACGCUGGGUGGCUAACGGCGCAGAGCCCCAAGCACGACUCCGGGGCAAGGCAAGGCGGGAGCGGAUGCGGAAGGCCAUGCAGGAGACACGCGUGACGCAACAGGCUGGGCGCACGGAGCGCAUCCGCAGCGAUGGGUGGAUGAAGCAGCAGUUGGAGGACAAGGAGAAGAAGAAGGCCACCGGGGAGAUGACCGGUGAGCAAGGGAACGACAACGACAACACUGAGGGCAACAAGGAGAAUCGAGAUGCGAGCGAGCACGCAACGCCGGAAAAGCAGCCCAGCGAGGAGCAGGAGCGCAAGGCGCCCGACGUGGAGAUGAAAGAGGCGCCCGUUGACGGGUCUACCGGGGCCAAGGACUAAGUUGAAUUUGAGACUGUACGAUACGAAACAUCACAUGCGCAUGGAGUUGAGAGAUUGGAAAAGCCCAUAUGAUUUAUGCUUGUCUGCAGCGACGGAGCCUGGGUGAUUGGGUAUGCGAUAUAUCCCGUCGAUAUGAAUUAUUACACGUAAUCAUACAUGGUUUACAUGGUGCCAAGUGUUGCGAUUCCUCCACGCCACGCCAUCUAGACCCAGCGUAUCUUGGUCGUCUUG